GCUACUAAUGGAUACCUGUCGUUAGUAAUCGCGAGAAUGUCGAGUGAAGUGCAAGUGGCGAUCGUUCUGCUAGCUGCAGUUGUAGCCCUUUCAUCUGCUUUUCCACAAAAAGGCGACAAAGUCGACGAAACCGUUGAAGAAGCCUCCGGUGGCUUACCUUUUCUACAAUUCAAAAAUGGAGGUGUCAGAGUGAAUUUUGGUGGAUACCAUGCUGAAGCUGGGCUUGGAGGAAUUUUAACUGGAUCAAGAACAGGAGGAGGACUUCAUGCAAGUGCAGGAACACCAGACGGUACUCAUGCUUCUGCAGGAUUAGGAGGACUUCUAGGGGGAAAUAAUGCAAAUGCUGGUGGUGGUCUUUAUGCACGAGCGGGAUUAGGAAAUGGUGGUCCAGAAGUACAAACUGGUCUAGGAGGAGCUCUUGAUGGUUCAUCAAGGAACAAUCAAGAUAGUCCCAUAGCCCAGGGAACACUUUUUGCUGAUGCCACUACAGGGAAAGGAGGUAAAGAGGCAAGUGCACGAAAAAAUGUUCAAGUCAUCCCUCGAUCAUCUAAGGAUAAAGAGGUUACACCUUUGACACCUCCGGACAAAAAUUCCAAUACUGAUGCAGGAGCAUUUGCAAGUUCAUCUGCAGAAACAUUGACGACAAUCCAGACGGAAAAGAAACACCACGAGGCCUCAAAACCACAUGAUUCCAAAUUUGAAAUCUCAAUUCAAAAGACGAAAUCGAUAGACAAGGCUCAUGCCGCAGGUGAUGAUGGAGAAGGAAUUAACACGGAAAAUGGUAAUCGUGGAAUAUAUCCUGCCCGUUGGUACAGAAAACGAUUUAGAGGAGGAGCAAGAAAAAAUGUUCUUUAUAACACGAUUUUAUUACCCGAAGGGGAUGCACAAAGUGCUCCAACUUCUACUGGACAUUUUACUCGUGCAGCUGCAGAUGGCCAUAAUUCAGGGAGCGAGGGUCAAAAAAUAAGCACCUUAUUUGAUGAUAUCUUCAACAUCCCAAUAUCAACGCUCAACGCCGUGAAUCAGCUACUAAAGAACAAAGUCGGUUAAAUAAGUUUUUUUUAAGUUCAAAGGGUCUUAAAUUAGAACCAGUGAUUUAAAUUUACCUUUAGCUUUAAAAUAGUGGCAUGUUUUUUUAUAUGAUUUUGUAUUCCAUCUAGACCUCUGCAUGUAAAAUACUCAAGUCCAUCUACAAGGUCGAAAACAUCUCUUAUAGUUUCCUUAGUAUUUACAGAUUCUUACUGCAGAUAACUUGAUAUUCAACUAGAUGCUCUCUUUGUUGAUGCUCUCCUAAAUUAAAUAUGCCAAGCACGGAGUUCUUCUUUAUUGUUACAUAUAUCUUAAUUUCCUUGUUCUUUACUUUUACAAUAAAUUAAACUUAUAUUUAUAU